AUGAUCCACCGCCCAUCGCAAUCCAAGAUGAACGACGACGAUGACAUGGAACCCGCCGCCGCGCCGCGAUUUAAUCGAACGCUCUCCAUGGUUGGUAAGGCCCCGGGGAAGCAGCAAAAUGUCCGCGCCGCGCAGCCACGUCAGCAGAGAGCGCCGCCGCAGCAGGCGCAUCCAGACGAUGACGAGGAUCCGACGGAAUCGGAUCUAGGGCGGUCGAUGACGAUGGGGAGCAAGCCGCGGGGGAGACCCGCGGCGGGUUUUCCGCAGCAGGGGGGAGAGCGGGGAGGAAUGGGGGGAGGGGGAGGCGGAGGGGGGGGAGAUGGAAGCGGGGAGGAGCAGCUGGGACGAUCGCUGACGCAAGUCGAUGCGCGCAGACGGGCGGGCGGGGGACGCGGGGCAGGCGCAGCGGGCAGAAGCGGAAGCCCCGCGCAAAGCGGGAUACGCAAGUCCGCAAGCGGCGCAAGCCGGUCGCGGUCCCCCAUGGGCGCGGGUGCGGGCGCGGACGAUUCGAUGAACAUGCAGGGAAUGCAGCAGGCGCUGCCGCAACAGCCGCUGCUGAAAUCCGCGCUCAAGCGCAGCAGCGCGGCGCAAACGCCCACGGGCUACGGCGGCGGCGGGUUUGGCGGCGACGAUGGCGGCGCGUACGGCGGCGGCCAGAUGAUGGGCGGAGGCGGAGGGGGAAGGGGAAGCAGGGGGGGAGGCGCUGCGCCAAACCCGCAAGGGGGGUACGAUAGGUCCGGGAGCCCGUUCCGCGCAGGCGGGGGGCAGUAUCCGGGGGGGGAUGGUAACGUAUACUCCCCUCAAGGCGGAAUGGGGUACGGCGGGGGGGAGGCGGAUGGGUAUCAAGACGGGAUGUACGGUCAGGAUCCGCAGCAGCAUUACGGGCAAGAUCAGCAGUUCCAGCAGACGCCACGUCAGCAGCAGCAGUGGGCGGGCGCGCAGGGGGGUAAUUCCGGGCGGAUGAUGGGGGGAGGCGGAAGUGGGUCGGGCAUGGGGCCUGGGCGGAAGAUGGGGGGAGGGGGGCAGCAGCAGAUGAUGCAGCAGCAGCAGGCGCAGGGGCAGGCGCAGGGGCAGCAGGGGGGGGGAGGACGAGCGCAGCAGCAGCAGGACGAGGCCGCCUCGCUGCCCAUGCUGCCCCCGCCCAGCGCGCCGCAAGUGGUGCAGGUAUGUUGCGUCCCCCCGUUCUCCGCCCCCCCCAUCCCCCCCCACCCCACUUCCUCCCCGCACCCCGUCGGCCCCCACCCAGCGCUGCCCAUGCUGCCCCCGCCCAACGCGCCGCAAAUGGUGCAGUGCCAGCGCUGCUCCCAGCUACUGGAAGUGCCUUUACAGUUACCCCCCGCAAAGAAGGGCGUGCAGAAGCUGCAAUGCGGCAAGUGCCUGCAAGUCUCUCGCUUCCAGCUACUGGAAGUGCCUUUACAGCUGCCCCCGGCCAAGAAGGGCGUGCAGAAGCUGCGGUGCGGCAAGUGCCUGCGAGUCUCUCGCUUCCAGGUCAACCCUGCUGACCCGCGUUUCGCCAAUCAGCUGCCGCCAAGUCAGCAGCCGCCGCCGCCGCAGCCGCCAGCUCAGCAGCAUCCCAAUCAGCAGCUUCAGGGUGGUGGGGGGAGCGGGCGCUUCCCCUCCCCCUCCCCGCUUCAGCAGCAGCAGAGGGCGGCGGGGGGAACUGGGUAUGACAGUGAUGGUAAUGCGAGCAUGAGCGGAUCAGGGGGCGCAGGGGGAGGGGGUGGGUUCCGCCCAGGUAUGGGGCCAGGCGGAGGGGGAGGCCCCCCCGCCCCCCACCACAUGCGCUCGCUCUCCAGGGAGUCUGAUGAUUAUAUGGCGGAAGGGGGAGGCGGAGGCGGGAUGGCGGGCGGAAUGGGCGGGCAAGGGGGAGGAGCAGUGGGGGGGAGAGGGCCCGGGGGAAGGGGGAGAGGCGGGGGGAGGAUGGGGGCAGGGAGAGGCGGAGGGGUGGUGAUGGGCCGGAGGGGGCCGGGGGGGAUGGGCAGGCAAGGGGGAGUGGAAGGGGGGGAAAUGGCUGCGCCGUCUUAUGGGCACAACCAGCAGCAGCAGGGGAUGGGCGGGGGACCGGGGGGAAGCAUGGGCGGAAGCAUGGGCGGAAGCAUGGGGGGAAGCAUGGGGGGAAGCAUGGGCGGACACAUGGGGGGGAACAUGGGGGGAGGCAUGGGGGGAGGCAUGGGGGGAGGCAUGGGGGAGGAGGAUGGGAUGAUGUAUAGCCGACAGGUGAUGGUGAAUGGACAGGCACUCCCGGAUGAAUAUGUAGCUGUGGCAGAGCAGCGGGCGGGACCCAUUCACCCUGGCAACUACUGGUAUGAUGACGUGGCAGGCUUCUGGGGUGAGAUGGGCGGACCAUGCCUCGGCAUCAUUCCGCCUGCCAUUGACUUUGGCGUGCCAAUUCCAGUGUCCUGCGCCGGCGGGUCAACCCGCGUGUAUGUGAACGGCCGGGAGCUGCACCACAGGGACCUUGAGCGGCUGAUGAAGAGAGGGUUACCGGGCACGCCUGACUGCGGUUACCGCAUUGAGAUCACGGGCAACGUGUUUGACGAGGAGACCGGGGAGUAUCUGCUCUGCCUGGGGAAGCUCGCCCCCUCGUGA